AUGCCUCCCAAACAUGACAAUUCUUCUUUGGCUGACGCCAUAGCAAGCCUCACCGAAUCCAUCAAUGCCCAGAUGCAAGAACUCGGACUUUCCCAAGAAAAAUUAGCCCUAAAAGUAGAUCACUCUAUUGUCGAAAAUCAAACCUCCAUCCAAAAUCUACAAACCAAAAUCUCAAAACUUAAAACCCCAGGCUCAGCCCUUUUACCUCGUUCCAUCCUAAUGGGAAACUCUUCAAAUACAGAUCAAUCCAUAGAAAUCACCAACAAAACCCAGAAAUUCCCAAAACCCCCCGAUAUCUUCACCAUUAAAACCCCAAAAUUUUAUCUUACCCCAUUUGAUGGAACCAACCCACAUGCUUGGCUCUUCCAAGCAGAGCGGUACUUUGCUUUCUACUCGGUGGAUCCGGAGCAACGUCUUCCCAUCUCAGGCUUCUUCAUGUCUGGGGAAGCGCUUUGCUGGUAUCAGUGGAUGUAUCAAAAUGGGCAGUUAACGAGCUAUGAGUCCUUUUCCCAAGCGUUGUUGAGCAGAUUUGGUCCCUCUUUGUAUCUGAACCCAAACGCAGCCCUCUUUAAACUCAAACAGAAGGGAACGGUAACGGAAUACCAAGAAUACGAGAUAUUGGCCAACCAAGUGAAAGGGCUUUCAGAUGAACAUUUGCUACACUGCUUUAUCUCAGGCCUUCACCCAGAAAUCCAACACGAGGUGAUAACACAAUCACCCCCGAGUCUUACCUAUGCUCUUGCUCUAGCCAAGAUGAUUGAGGCCAAGUUCAACGUUCAUAAGACAUUUCGUCGAGCACCUUCCGUGCAACCCUUUUCUAGCUUUACAAAACCAAAUAUUACUCCCACCUAUCCCCUACGUCAACCAACAAUACCUGCCUUGCCUGCACCACCGCGUUUACCAAACCUUCCUGGGCCUCAAAUCAAACGCUUAACCCCAGCUGAGAUGCAGGCUCGCAGAGCAAAAGGCCUUUGCUAUAAUUGUGAUGAGAAGUAUAGCCUAGGCCACAAGUGCCGCACUGCUCCCUUCCUUCUUAUGCAAAUUGACGACGAGGAAGAGUCUGGAGAAUUCUUGGCUUUGGAAACCAAUCUCGUGCCACCAGCUCUGUCCACCAUUCCAUUACCUCCACCACCUCAAAAUUAUGAGGCGGUUGGUCCUGAUGAUUUUCAGGUGUCAUUUCAUGCUCUCUAUGGACAAUCGCAACAUCGCUGCUUGAAAUUAAUUGCCAAAAUAGCUGGUCAGUAUUUCAAUGUGCUUAUCGAUUCGGGCAGCACCCACAAUCUAGUUCAACCUCGAGUUGCUAAGUUUCUCAACUUGGUGGUACAACCUUCUCCACCACUAUCAGUUUCGGUGGGCAAUGGGGCUAGUCUACAGUGCUCUGGUCGUGUUACCGACCUGCAAAUUGAUUUGCAACAACACCAGUUCAAGUUAGACCUCUACAUUCUUGACAUCCAUGGUGCUGAAGUUGUAUUGGGAGUUCAAUGGUUAUCUCAAUUGGGUCCUAUUCUUAUGGAUUUCUCAGGGCUCACAAUGACCUUCCUUCAUGAAGGUGAGAUGGUUACUCUUUCAGGAAGUGGGCCGCCUCAAACCUUGGCCCUUUCCUUAGCCCAAUUCCGUCGGCUCGCUCAAACAGAUGCCAUUGAUUCGGCCCAUCUGCUUGCUAUGGCAGAAGCAGCACAAGAAACCUCUCCACUGCAUUUUCCUCAAACUCCACCAGAACUAUAUGAGCUAUUAUGCAGUUUCUCUCAUAUUUUCGAACCCCCUAAAGGUCUACCACCAGCACGACCCCAUGACCACCAAAUACAUCUUUUACCUGGUACCCCACCCAUCAAUGUUAAACCAUAUAGAUACCCUUAUGCUCAGAAACAAGAUAUGGAGCGUUUGAUCACUGAAAUCUUUUCACACUUUCGACGGCCACUACGAGUUCCUGAGUUGAUAGAUGAGCUUCAUGGAGCUUCGGUAUUUUCGAAAAUUGAUUUGAGGGCUGGUUACCACCAAAUUAGGAUGGCUGAAACGGACAUUGGAAAAACAGCUUUUCACACUUUCGACGGCCACUACGAGUUCCUGGUUAUGCCUUUCGGGCUGUCUAAUGCACCAUCAACUUUCCAGUCCGCCAUGAAUGAAUUAUUUCGGCCAUUUCUCAGGAAAUUUAUCUUGGUCUUCUUUGACGACAUCCUUGUAUACAGUAAGUCCAUGGAAGAGCACUUAGUUCAUCUUGAGAAGGCAUUACAAACUCUUGCAGACCAGCAUUACUUUGCCAAGUUCAGUAAGUGCUCUUUUGCUCAAGGCUCUGUGGACUAUCUUGGGCACAUCAUCAGUGGCCUUGGGGUGGCAGUCGACCAUUCCAAGAUAGAUGCUAUACUCGCUUGGCCAGUGCCUACAUUUAUUAAAAAACUCAGGGUAUUCCUCGGCCUAACAGGAUACUACAGAAAGUUUGUGAGAGGUUAUGCUUCUUUAGCAGCACCAUUAACUGAUUUAUUGAAAAAGGAUAAUUUUAUUUGGUCAGCUGAGGCUACAAAAGCCUUCGAAUCUCUGAAACAUGUAUUGGUCACAGCUCCUGUUCUAGCAAUUCCAGAUUUCUCUCAACCAUUUGUCUUGGAGACCGAUGCAUCAAUGACUGCCAUUGGGGCUGUAUUGUCUCAGCAUGGGCAUCCCAUCGCCUAUUUCAGCCGAAAACUCAACCCUCAAAUGCAAACGGCUUCAGCUUAUGCCAGAGAAAUGUUUGCAAUCACAGAAUCUGUCAAAAAAUGGCGCCAAUACCUUCUUGGGAGACCUUUCUUGAUCUAUACAGACCAACAAAGUCUGCGAAACUUGAUGAAUCAGACAAUCCAGACACCAGAACAACAACGGUGGCUUGCCAAAUUGCUUGGUUAUCAGUAUACUAUUUUGUACAAGCUAGGGGUCCAAAAUAAGGUGGCCGAUGCUCUCUCUCGCUCCUUUCCUGAACAAGGUGAGCUUAAUGCAAUUUCAGGGCCUACGUUUCCUUUUUUAACUCAGCUGCGAGAUUACUAUGCGAAUGAUCCGCAUGGGAAACAACACUUUAACGAUGUGAAAGAGCACCCCAAUAAAUUCCCUGACCUGCUUGUUCAAGAUGGCUUGCUAUUACGCCAUGGGAGGAUUGUUAUUCCUGAAAAUCACCCCUUGCAGCAACAACUUCUCUUUGAAUAUCACUGCACAUUGACAGGGGGUCACGCAGGGGUGGCAAAAACUUUGAGCAGAUUGGCCUCGAAUUUUUUCUGGAGUAAUAUGCGCAAAACAAUGGCUAAUUUUAUAUCUACUUGCAGGACUUGUCAAGAAGUUAAAUGCCUUCCCACCAAACAAGCAGGCUUAUUACAACCACUUCCCAUUCCAACACACAUAUGGCAAGAUAUUGCCAUGGACUUCAUAACACAUUUGCCUUUCUCCAAUGGGAAAACAACAAUUUGGGUCAUUGUUGAUAGAUUGUCGAAAUAUGCUCACUUCCUAGCCAUUCCAGCUCACACAACGGCACCCCAAUUGGCAGCUCUCUUCUCGCAAGAAAUUGGGAAAUUACAUGGACUUCCAAGGUCUAUUGUAAGUGACAGAGAUCCCAUCUUUAUUAGCUCUUUUUGGAAAGAGUUGUUUCGACUUCAAGGCACCAAACUCAACCACAGCAGUGCCUACCACCCACAGUCGGAUGGCCAAUCUGAAGUCCUCAACCGCUGUUUAGAAACAUAUUUGCGAUGCUUUGCCGGUGAUAAUCCGAGAUCAUGGAGUAAAAUAUUUCAUUGGGCUGAGUGGUCCUAUAAUACGGCAUUGCAUUCGGCCAUCAAUAUGACCCCUUUUGAAGCAGUGUACGGUUAUGCACCCCCCACUGUAGCAUCUUAUCUACCAGGUCCUUCCAAGAUUGCUCAGUUAGAUGAUUGUCUGGUGGAGAGACAGACUUUGCUAGCUCGACUCAAGGUUAACUUGGCUCGUGCACAGAAUAGAAUGAAAAUGCAGGCUGACCGACACCGCAAGGAAAAACACUUUGAGGAAGGAGAAUGGGUUUGGGUUAAACUGCAACCUUAUCGGCAACAGUCAGUAGUGAAGCGCACAACUCAGAAGUUAGCAAAGAAAUAUUUUGGGCCAUUCCAAAUAAUUAAAAGGGUGGGUACUGUGGCCUAUGAACUGAAGCUGCCUGCUGAUUCCCGCAUCCACCCAGUGUUUCAUGUUUCUCUCCUCAAAGCUUAUAGAGGGAAUCUGGAUAUUAACCCAACACCAUUACCAGCUUUAGCCAUUGAAGAUCAACCUGUAUUGGAGCCUGAGGUGGUUCUUAAAACCAGAGAAGUGAAAUAUCAAGAUCAAAACUUGCCCCAGAUAUUGGUUAAAUGGAAGAACCUGCCUGAAGCAGAAGCCACUUGGGAAUGGCUUGAUGAUGUCCAAACUAACUAUCCAGCCUUCCACCUUGAGGACAAGGUUGUGUCUGACCGGGAAAGUACUGAUACGAGCCUUGCUCCUAGCCCAAAUGAGCCCAGCAGCCAAGACAACUCAGAGGCACCCAUGAGAAGAGGAAAUCGUGCGAGAAAUGCGCCUCCAUGGCACGUUGACUUCAUCAGGCAACGUCUUUCUUAG